CUGAGUAGUGACUACACCAAGAGUCAAGCCUAAAAGGAACCGUAGCAUAGCAUCGGAAAACAGGAUCCAAAAUCAACACUUGCUGAUCAAUUAAUCACAGAAAGAAAAAUCAUCAGACGCUGGAGUCAUGUCGUAGCAUCUCACCGCGAGCGUCAUCUGUCCUGCGGUUUACAUGCAACAUGUCUUCGUCUACGGCACGCUGAAGAAAGGCCAGCCCAACCACGUCGAGAUGCUGGAUCCUGCCAACGGUCGGGCUGAGUUCCUCGCUCGCGCUCGCACCGUAGAGCCGUACCCCCUCGUGAUCGCCACCGAUGAAAACGUCCCCUUCCUGCUCGACGCUCCCGGGACGGGCCGGCGCGUCUGCGGAGAGAUCUACCGCGUGGACCAGAAGAUGCUGGAGUUCCUGGACGAGUUUGAAGACUGUCCAAAGACGUACCAGCGCACCGAGAUCCGGCUGGAGGUGCGGGACAGGGACCGGGAAGGAGACAACAUCCAGGAGGCGUUCGUGUACAGCACGAUUACGUAUGAACCCGAGUGGCUCCAGAAACCAACAUAUGAGAGUUAUGAUGCAAACGGGGAUCAUGGACUGAAAUAUAUAGACAGAGACACGAGCAGCGUAACACAACAAAAUACUGGUGCUGUGAAGACUGGAUGUGACGCCACUAAUCACUGACUGUCAGUCGAUGGUUAUUAUAUUUACAACACACAAAAAUCAUUUGCAAUGAUUGCGUCCAGUGUAGAUAGCCUCAAGCUGUUGCUUAUAUUUUAUAUAAAAUUUAUGUAUAAAAUGUAAUACAGUAUACAGUAUAAGAUACAGUGUAUAUAUAUAUUUGUAGACAAAGUGAGUUGUCCUG